GAGCCGAGACCUUCCGGCGGGCUGGGAACUGCGCUGGCCGGAAAGCGCUUCCUGCCCAGUCAUGGCUGCGCCCGCGCUCGCGUCCGCGUGCCUGCUGCUGCUGCUGCUGCUGGCUCAGGCGACCUGCGAAGACACUUCGACCAGUUCUUCCCUGGUUGCAGAAACAAAGUCAGGAAACGGAGUGCCGGAAAGGACACAAGAUGCUGAGUUUUAUGGAGAGCUUCUGACCGACGAAAAAUUUCAACGAAGGGCACGAGAAAAUGAUGAAGAUGGGCAGCCCUGCGGUGGCGACGGGGGCCCAGGCAGUGUGAUGUCGCGAAUGCUGCAGCGGGCGCUGGAGUGGCUGAUGCGCGUCAUGGGCGUCGGUUUCGGAGGCCGUGGCGGCAGCGGCGGCGGCGGUGAAGGCGGCGGCGCAGAGCCCGCCACGCUGCCUCCCAGGCCAGAAGACGCAGAGGAGUUAGACACCGCGGGUUCCAACGCCGCUGCAGACUGGGAGUGACAUUGCUGGCAGCACUAAACUCUUCUAACACCACCGCCUCAUUUAUCAUCACAUUAACCCUACUUUGUAGCUACUCUUGUGCCUCCUAUUCACUACGGGAACCAAGCAAGACCAAUGUAUAUAUACGUUAGUAAGUAAUAGUUGGAACUACCACCAAUACGCGCAAAUGUAGUACAAAUAAAGAAAAUAUUAGGUCUGGAAA